CCCGCCAACGAUGCUUCCCUCUGAACCGGGUUCGCGUCCUGCCUGCCCUGCCUGGUGAAUGGUGACUGACACUUCACGCCGACUCCGUCCCGACAGAAAACGACAAACGAACCAACCAAUCAUAACUCACUAAGUUCUCCCCACUCAUUUCCGUCCGUCCGUCCGUCCGUCCCAACGCCGUUCAUCAGCAUACCAUUAUCAAGCACACGCAGUACAUACUAUAUAGAUACAGCUCUGAUUAUCGGAUCAACUGCUCGUUCCCCUCUUGCACCUUCUUGUAUUGAUUUGAUUUGAGUAGUGCAGGAGGAUAAGGGGGAAAUCAAAUGUUAUCGAACCGCAUUUGGCUGCUGUUUUCCAUUUUGUUGAGUUUCGUACACAAUGGGAUUGCGGGUUUAACCAGUAGCUUUAUUCGUUCCGAGUGGCCAUCUACCGAUAUUCCACUUGAUAAUGAAGCUUUUGCACUUCCCAAGGGUUAUAAUGCUCCCCAGCAAGUGCACAUCACACAGGGUGACUAUGAUGGGAAGGCAGUUAUAAUCUCUUGGGUGACACCUGAUGAACCAGGAUCCAGCCAAGUGCGAUAUGGCAUAUCAGAAGGAAAAUAUGAUUUUACUGCAAAGGGGACAGUUAAAAACUACACAUUCUACAACUACAAAUCUGGAUAUAUCCACAAGUGUCUUGUUGAUAGUCUUGAGUAUGACACGAAGUACUACUAUGAGAUUGGAGAUCGUGAUUCUGCAAGGAAAUUUUGGUUUCAAACACCUCCAAGAAUUGAUCCAGAUGCUUCCUACAAGUUUGGAAUCAUAGGUGAUCUGGGUCAAACAUACAAUUCUCUUUCAACUCUUGAACAUUAUAAGCGGAGUGGUGGACAAACUGUCUUAUUUGUUGGGGAUCUCUCUUAUGCUGAUAGAUACCAGUAUCAUGAUGUUGGUGUGCGUUGGGACACAUGGGGUCGUUUCAUUGAGCAGAGUGCAGCAUACCAGCCAUGGAUAUGGUGCGCUGGAAAUCAUGAGAUUGAGUACAUGCCAUAUAUGGGAGAAGUAACUCCAUUCAAGUCAUAUCUCCACAGAUACCCUACACCUUAUCCAGCCUCCAAAAGCAGUGAUCCUCUUUGGUAUGCUAUCCGGCGUGGAUCAGCUCAUGUAAUUGUCCUGUCUAGUUAUUCUCCCUUCGUCAAAUAUACACCGCAGUGGAGGUGGCUUGCAGAAGAACUCGAAAGGGUUGACCGGAAGAAGACUCCUUGGCUCAUUGUCUUGAUGCAUGUUCCAAUUUACAACAGUAAUGAAGCCCAUUUCAUGGAAGGAGAAAGUAUAAGAACAGUAUUUGAGAGUUGGUUUGUUAAGUAUAAAGUUGAUGUAGUCUUUGCAGGCCAUGUCCAUGCUUAUGAAAGAUCGUAUCGCAUCUCCAACAUACACUACAAUGUAUCAAGUGGAUAUCCUUACCCUGUACCUGACAAAUCAGCUCCUGUUUAUAUUACCGUAGGUGAUGGAGGAAAUCAGGAAGGUCUUGCAGGAAGAUUUAGAGAUCCUCAACCAGAAUAUUCUGCUUUUCGCGAAGCAAGUUAUGGACACUCUACAUUAGAAAUAAAGAAUAGGACGCAUGCACUCUAUCACUGGAACAGGAACGAUGAUGGGAAAAAAGUAGCGACUGACGCAUUCAUGUUAUAUAACCAGUACUGGGGAACCAGUAAGCGGAGGAGAAACCUAAGGAAAAAUCAUCUCUACUCUGUGAUUGUGAACAGGCCACUUAGCGAGCGGCUGUAAGUAAGUUUUAUUCAAGUUGGGGAGAGUCGCUUGUUUAUGCAGCUUGCUUUGUUUGCGAAGUUCGGUGGUGUUGCCUUCAUCAGUUGGUAGACUGGUUCUUGCUCUGAAAUUAAUGGCAUUUCUUCCAGAAAGAUGGUCGUCGCUAUUUGUUGGUGGGGUCUGGGCUUUUGUUGUUAAUCGCAGUUGUCAGAAGUAGGUGAUGGUUCUGGAGACUACCUGGAGAAUCACUUCAAUGCAACAUAUCUUGGAAUUGGAAAAGUCGGUCCAGGCAAUCAUUUUUUAUUUCAAAUUACUCUCUUGUUACUCCUUUAUUUGUAAUUCAAGGGUACGUCUCUGCCCAAGUUUCUGUAUUUCUGCUUGUUUGUACGACAGGCAGUAACAAAAUCAAUAAGACUCGAUUUAAGACCUUUUAUUUCUGAGCAA